GGCGGCGGCAGCACCAGCAAUGUUUCGAAGUAACAGUGCGCAAUCACUGCUUCCGGGGUAUGGGAUAAAGAUUCUGCUGCUAACUUGUCUUUAAUGAUUACUUUUCCAAAAUGCUUUCAGUUCGAUUCUCUAAUAUUGUCACCUCAUUAUACCUGGACACUGGGAUUAAAAGUAGCAUCGUUAAACUGGAGCUACCAAGAGAGCUUGCCAACCGGAUUUUAUUUCUGGACUCCGCUGAUCGUCAGCUACUAACCAUCCCAUCAGAUAUUCUGGAGCUGGUGGAGUUGGAGGAACUGCACUUGGAGAAGAACUUAAUCCAGACCAUCCCUAGCGAGAUCAAGCAUCUCCAGAAUCUCAAAGUCCUUUACCUGCAUGACAACAGCAUAGAGAGCCUGUGUGAUGAGCUGAGCGAGCUGAAAAACCUACUAAGUCUAGAUCUGAGCAACAAUCCUCUGACCCGUGCUGCUGGCUCGCUUUGGGCUGUGAGCAGACUGCGUUCUCUCCGUGAGCUGAGACUCUACAACCUGAACUUGGGGGAGCUGCCUGUCCAGAUCUGCAAAAACAAUUACAACCUGGAGCUGAUGGGUCUGUCUGGGAACGAGCUUGCGUUGCUGCCCAGCGAGAUGACAAAUAUGACUAAGCUUCGAGAAAUCUACUUGCAGAGGAACCGAUUUGAGUUGCUCCCUAGUGUCCUCUGCCAGCUUCCUGACUUAGAAAUAGUAGAUUUGGAGCAGAAUGCCCUGGGGGCUAUACCAGAUGAGAUUGCAUCUCUGCAAAAACUUAAGAAACUCUUCCUAGCCUCCAACAGGCUUGCAUUGCUCCCUGAUUCUCUUUUCAAAUGUACCAACUUAAUAGUCCUUGACGUAGCCAAUAACCAGCUGAGAAAGUUACCUCGCAGCCUCCCUGCGCUAACGGGGCUUGUUGAACUGGGACUGUCUAAUAACAACCUAUGUGUAUUUCCGCCCAUGCUUGGCAAGGUGGUGUCGCUGCAGGUGCUCUACUUGAAAAACACAGGGCUGAGGACACUACACUCUCAGUGUACUAACUUAAGAGAGAUACGGCUCCUAGAUCUCAGCCAAAACAGGUUCAGUACAUUUCCUGCAGAGAUCUGUUCUCUGGUGAAUUUAGAGGUGCUGUCUUUGGAUGACAACAGAUUACAUGAGAUACCUGCUGAAGUUAAGAAUCUCUCCAACCUGAAAUGUUUAGGGCUAACUGGCAAUAGGUUUGUCCAUUUCCCAGAAGAGGUUUGUUUUCUUGCUUCUUUGGAGAAGCUGUACCUGGGACAGGAUCAGGGGUUCAAGCUCACAACUGUGCACAAGAGCAUUGGUCUGCUCCAGAAUCUGAGAGAGCUUUACCUGGAAAACAACAGAUUUGAGAUGCUUCCUGCAACAAUUGGUCUCUUAAAGAAUUUAGAGAUCCUGGAUUGUCAUAACAACCAGCUCUUCGAGUUACCAAAUUCUGUCUGCAAUUUACAAGUUCAGGUGGCUGGCACAAUGUUCUUUACUGGAUUUCCUGGUGCUUCUUGCUCAGGUUUGAAGAAGUUCCUCCUCCAGUGUAACAGGCUGACCUGCCUCCCAGAUGAUCUGGACAGGCUGCCCACUCUGCAGGCUCUCCCUCUGGAGGAGAACCCUCUCCUGGACCCCCCUCUGGAGGUCUGCGCCCAGGGUAUUGCUGCCAUCAACAGACACCUACAGGAGAAGAGAAGACGCAAGGCUCUGGCAACAAAGAUCCAGGCAUGGUGGCGAGGGCUGAUGGUGCGGAAGUAUUUGGGUCCCUUCAAAGAACUCAAGAAAGACAAAAAGAAAGGCAAAGGAAAGAAGGAUAACAAAGGGAAGAAAGGAUCUGCAAAGGGCAACAAAAAGAAAUGAUCCCGAGUGAUACUAAAUGAGGAACCUGUGAAUAUAUUCCUGGCAGCACUGGAGUGAGGUGACUGGGAAUUGCAGUCCAAUUUGGAAGUGGGUUGGGGGAAUAUUUUGUAUGUUAAAAAAUUGCAAAUAUAAAAUUCCCUGUCUGCAUUUGCUGUUUGCUUGUGUAACAACAGUUCUGCACAAUCAUCUUUAAAUACAAAUCAUACAACAAUAAAGUGAAAAAAUAUAAAAAUUGAUUUCAAUCAAUUCAGGAAGUUGAUUUAAGAAUGCCUACAUGUACCUUAACAGUUUCUUCAUAGUUCUGUGACAUUAGCAAAUUUAUUUUUCAUUUCACAAAAACUUGUGCAAACUUAGCACAGAGGUAAAUGCUUUGUGAAUAACUACUGUAUGUAUUUGUUUUUUUAAAUAUGGAGAGAUCAUUUCAACAGGUCAUGAAGGACUUC